UAAGAUUGGGCCUACCUUAAAUUUAAUUUGAGUCAGCCCAAAUACAUGCUUUCAUUUUUUAUUUUCUGGCAAAAUCUAGUGAAAAAUAGGCUUUGCUCUUCUUUCCUCUGUCGACGGCUGCCGCUCCCUUUUUGCUCCGCCGCUGAUUCCACCUCCAGUUUUAUUGAAAAUGAAGAAAGGGUUGCACCCUCAGAUGCAAUGGGUAUCUUAUGUGACUCCGAGUGGUCGAUUGAUUAAUUUCAUGAUGACAAAAAUACAUAGUGUCGGGAAAGUUUAUCACUUAAGGGCAAAACGUCAAAUGGCUGCAAGUGUAGGACAAAUUGCGAAGUUCAACCGUCGGUAUGGGCUGGAGAAGCAGGAGGGCUCAGAGGACCCCGAGAAAAAUGAAAAAUGAAAAAUGCAUGGUAUGCAAUGUUGGGCAUUUAUAGCUCAAUUUAAGUAUCUAUGUUGUGGAAUAACUUGACUCUUGUUAGUUAGUUGAAGCUCAUUCGUUCUUAGAACUUCCCCUUUUUGAUAAAAUAGUGCUUCAAAUGUGGUUUGAGGUCAUAAAUCGAGGCUUUGCCACUUUAAUGUAGCUUAUAAGAUGCUCAUUUUUCAGAUCUUUGUUCUUUCUUUACUAUGAUGCAUGCUUAGCAUUUGAUACAUUGUUUGGAAAUUGAAGGUUAACAUAGUCGAAUAUUAUUCGAAUGUUUGUUUUGAUGAUUCA